GCGCAAAGUGUCCUCCUCCGAACCGUCAAGUCAACAGUCUGUUGCUCCCCCCAUUGAACCAACAAAUCUAUCUUCGGAGAUUAGGUAUGUUUCUUGCAUUGAUUUUCAACCCAGCAGCCGACAUGUCACCUCAAUUCAACCGUCCUUCCUACACACUGCCCUGCAUCCCAUGAUUAAGGCUAACGUGGCUUCCCCCGUUCUCCGGACAGUGAACUUCCCAUCUCCGCUAUCUACUUCCCUCCUACAGCGCCGGUACCUCUUCCUGCUGUGCAUCACCACAAAACACCCACACAACAACCUCAAUUGAACCUCACACCGUGAUAUUCAAAAUUCUCACCCCACCAGUCCAUCCCCCAAAGAAAUACAACCAUCACAAUGAUCACCGACGACGAGCUCCACCGCCUGGCCGUCUUCCUCGGCAGCUGCGCCAUGAUGAUGAUUGUCCUCUACCACUUCCUCGAAGUCAACGCCAAGGACGAUGGCGCCGAACUCGACGCUCCCGCUGAUCAAAAAGUGCCCGGGGUCUCGCAGGAGACGGCUGCGGCUGCUGCGGCCGUGGGAUCGUCGUCGUAGGGUGUGAAUUGGGAAGGAAAGUCUGGCUAGGGAGGAUGGAUACCCACAACCUGAACGUUUUGACUGCUAUUUUCUUUUUUCUUUCUGUCGCGUGUAUUUUUGUGUUCUGUGUCUCGAGUCUAGUUUAAGCGAAUGACUACAGGGUGGAAAAGACCAAAAGGCAAUGGGCUUGUUUGUUUAGAAUACCCGGGCGGUGGUCUUUUGGGCUCCCAUCCAAUGCAUCGUUUACUUUCUAUGAAAUACUUCGCAUGUAUCUUCGUAUGUGUGCAUUGUAUGGAUGUAUAUCACCUUGCAGAAUGUU